UUGAACAAGUUCUGUGCGAAUGUGCAAUGGUUUCUUUUAGCAUGCGUCGAUUCAUACUGUCCACCUGGCAAAUUUUGCCAGGAACGAGUAUUCCCUUGUAAAAACCCACCUUGCCGCCCGAUCCUGUUCUGCCUACCCAAUGAAGAAAAUGGUUGUGCACGACACAAAUGCCCAGCGAAUGAAGUAUGUGUGGAAAGAGUGGAGCCUUGCAUAAACAAAAUCUGCAAAAAGAUACCAUCUUGUGCCAAACCUGGAACUUGUGAUGCCUUGGUCUGCCCACCUUCGCAACACUGCGUCGCCAAUCCUAAGCCAAGAUGUGAGACGGUGAGACCAGUACGAGCCCCGAAACGAUUGGACAGCUCAGCCAUGAGAAACUGA